AUGGGGUCGAUAAGGGCGCUGUGGGGUGGGGCGGCCACGUGGGGUCCGGACCCAUGGAGGACGAAGAGGACGAGCGCGUUGCCGUGGUGCCUGGGGGCCCCCUGGGUCCGUCGGCGCUGAACCCGGCGGUGCUGCGCGUGCGUUACGCUGUGAGGGGACCCAUCCUGCAGAGGGCGCUGCAGCUCGAGGAGGAGCUGAGCCAGGGCGUCCCCCACCCCUUCACAGAGGUCAUUCGGGCCAACCUCGGUGAUGCUCAGGCUAUGGGGCAGAAACCCAUCACCUUCCUGCGCCAGGUGGCCGCUCUGUGCGUUUACCCCGAACUCCUGAAUGGGGAUUUUCCAGAAGAUGCCAAAGCGAGAGCGAGGAGAUUGCUGGAGGAGUGCGGGGGGCACAGCGUCGGUUCGUACAGCGGCAGUGUGGGGCUGGCAGCGGUGCGCGCAGACGUGGCGCGCUUCCUGCAGCGCCGCGAUGGAUUCCCGGCCUGCGCCAACAACAUCGUCCUGUCCUGCGGGGCCAGCGAAGCCAUCGUGGUGCGCCUCUAUGGGGGUCCUGAGUGGGUUAUGGGACUCUACGAGGGUCUAUGA